GCCGGCUUCCGGUUCCUGCCGUCGCGAGUGUUGCUUGCUCCGAAGCCGGUCGCAGCCGUUGCGGACGGAAGCGGUUCUCGGCAGCUGGGGCCCCCUCGCAGUCAUGCCCCGGUAUUACGAGGAUAAGCCGGAGGGCGGCGCGUGCGCGGGCGUGAAGGAGGACCUGGGCGCAUGUCUGCUGCAGUCGGACUGUGUGCUCCAGGAAGGAAAAUCCCCUCGACAGUGUCUGAAGGAAGGAAACUGCAAAGCUUUGAAAUACUCAUUUUUUGAAUGUAAAAGAUCAAUGUUGGAUGCCAGAUCAAGAUUCCGAGGAAGAAAAGGAUAUUGACGCCAAUAUGCUGAAACCAAAAUGAAAACAACAAAGGAUUUUCUCUGAUCACUUAAAACAGAGAAGCCAAAAUAGGAGACAGACUUGCUGUAUCUGAUGGGUUAGACCAGUAUUUCCCUCCACAAACACUGGAGAAAAUGGAUGAGUUCUGUUUUUGAAUAUGUAUAAAGUAAAUGAUUCUUCCUCUAAGUUAUUUUUGGAAUAAAAAUAUAAUCGAACAGCUAUGAGCUGAGAGCAACAUAA